AUGCCCCUACCACCACGUCCAUCGACUCUGGCAGCACAAGCACAACUCCAGCAAUCUCGAGCAGCUUCUUCGUCUACAAGCAGAAGCCAUGCGGCCGCACCUAGCAGCUCUCCCUUGCGCAACCAUGCAAGCGCCUACCCUAUUGCUGCACUGAAAGAAGAGGAGGAUGGCGGGAACGCCAGUCACAGUGGCGCGAUGCAAUGCGAUCCCUUGAAGCUCGUGCUGGACUCGGACCACACGCACAUGCACGUUGAGUCAGUGGCUGCUUCUCCGCAGCACCGCACGAGGUGCUAUCUGAGCGCAUCCACGAUCAAAGGCUAUGGAUUCAAGACGAAUCAAAAGGUAUUGAUCGUGCUGGGUCGAUCGGGCGAGGAGGGCAAGAUGAAUGGGACUGGGACGCUAACGGAGGGCCAGAUGUUUUUUAUCAAGCAAGUAUGGCCUUUGAAUGGUCUUGCUUCCGACUCUGUCUAUCUUCCGCGGUAUCAUGGCUGGCAGGAACAAGAAUCGCAGGCGUUGCUGGCGGAACACGGCAAGAAGGCGUGGGUGGAGCAUGAUCGAGCCUCGUUGUAUGCGCUUCCCUCGUCAGCUCACGCUGCUCCCGCUCUCACCAAGCUGCGAGCAGAGGUCGUGAGCAGGAGCGAAGCGCAUACACAUCGCCUCCACAAGGAAGAGAAGGUUCUUUUGCAUGCCCUUCUGACCAUGCGACUUGGUGAGUGUUGCGUACUUAUCAUCGAGACAAGCCUCUUGAGCCUUGUGGCUCGAGCGAUGUGCUACAGCUGUGGUGAGUAGUCAGCUUAUUUAGCCUUUUCGCCUUCGUCUUCUCCACCGUCCCUCUUUCACGUAGAGCACCAAAACCUAAUCCUCCCUGAUCAAGAGGAAGAAUUUGCAAUCGGUCAUGCGCGAUUUGUUGUCCGCCUCAAGUUCGACGAGCCAACUGGAGAGCGGAAAGAGGUGGUGGGAGGCACGAGCAGUCAAGCUAGGACAUCUCAGGCGAAAGACGUCCAUCCGCUCAUUUUCUCGAUCCGGAGGGUCGAUUCACAAACUCGGUACCGGAUAUGCAUUCCUCCAGCUGACUCGGCACGCGUCAGCUCAGACGUUCCAGCACGACGGCAGACUGCGUCGAUUAGUGGGGCCGAGGAAGCGAGUGCAAGCUCAAAGAAGGCGUACGAAGGACUUGGAGGGCUGGACGCUCCCAUCGAAGAGCUCAGAAAGCUCGUAGAAAUGCCUCUUCUGAGGCCUGAUGUCUUUCGAACUUAUGGUGAGUCUUGCUAGGAUUCGGCGGACCGAGGAUGUAUGCUCUGACUGCUCAUUGUCGAGGGCAUCAUUCACCUGUAUGCUCCGUGCUCUUGUACAGGACUUCGACCGCCCAGCGGUGUGCUGCUUUAUGGUCCACCCGGCACAGGCAAAACAUCCCUAGCCUCAGCGUGCGCGCAAUCUUUAGGUCUGUCUUCAAGUUCCAUCAUCCACCUCUCUGGUCCCUCCCUUUCCAGCAGUCUGCACGGUCGCACCGAAUCUCGGCUUCGCAAAGUGUUUUCGACCGCAAAGAAGCGCGCUCCGUCGGUGAUCAUCAUCGACGAAAUUGACGCAUUGGCUCCUAGAAGGGAAGCAGGCGCGGGCAACGAUGCAGCUGGCGAGGUGGAGAGGCGAGUGGUCGCGACCCUGCUCACGCUCAUGGAUGGGCUUGGGAAAGAGGAGGAAGAGGGAAAUGUUAUUGUCAUUGCAGCGACCAAUCGACCCAAUGCCCUCGACCUUGCGCUGAGAAGACCUGGAAGGUUAGAUCGAGAGAUAGAGAUUGGUGAGUCGAGUGGCUGUGGGAGACCUAGCUAUCUUCAGAAUGGGGCGCCUGAAUGUGCAGAGGCGAUUGCGCUAACAUUCACUCGCUGGAACUCAUCCUCCUGUCAGGCGUUCCCACCCCAUCUUCGAGGUUGUCAAUCCUGAAGGUCUUGUUGCGUCACGUUCCUCAUGCGCUGAACGACGAAGAGGUAUCUCGGCUCGCACACAGCACGCAUGGCUUCGUCGGAGCUGAUCUGGCAAGCUUAGUCAGGGAAGCCGGAAUGUUGGCUGUCCAGCGUCUGUUCGCGUCGACGUCAUCUUCUACUUUCAAAAAGGCACCCCAAUUUAUCGAAAGUGCUACAGAUUCUUUGCGCGCUUUGACGCUGGCUACCUCGACCACCUCAGGGCAUGAGAGUGAGGUGCUCCCCAACGUCGAUGCGAAAGAAAUGCUGGAAAUGCGCGACUUUACCAGUGCCAAGCUUCAUGUCAGACCGUCGGCUCUGCGAGAGGUGAUUCAGACUCUGCCUACGGUUUCCUGGAACGACAUAGGCGUGGGCUCCCCCGACUCCGACUCUUAUCGAGUUCGCAAGGAGAUAAGAGAGGUGGUAGAGUGGCCCAUCAAAAGAAGCAAACAACUCAAGAGGAUGGGCGUCAGACCUCCCAAGGGAGCCUUACUUUAUGGUCCGCCUGGAUGCUCAAAGACUCUGAUUGCUAGAGCGCUGGCGACGGAAAGUGGAAUCAAUUUUGUGGCUGUCAAGGGCAACGAGGUGCGCAAAGCUUGAGACCCGUCCCGCGCCCAAUGCGCGGCGCGACCGUCGACUCGGAAAGCGCUCUGCGAAUGACGCUCGGUCUGACUGCCGCCUAAUCUGCCACAGCUGUACAACAAAUUCGUCGGCGAAUCCGAAAGAGCUUUGAGAGAAGUGUUCGCACGGGCAAGAGCUGCUUCGCCGUCCAUAAUCUUCUUUGUAAGUUGCCGCUGAUUUCGGGGGGUUUCCCAAAUUUCUGGAUAUGUACCAGCGUUGUUGACCGCUUUGCGGCCUUUGCGACUUUCUCUCCGUCGGCAGGAUGAGCUCGACGCUCUUUGUUCCACUCGCGGCGACCAAGGAGGGGCAGUGUCCGACGGUGUCAUUGCGACAUUGCUGACCGAGAUGGAUGGCGUGGAUUCCCUCGAUGGCGUGGUCGUUAUAGCCGCCACGAACCGACCUCAAGCCAUUGUGAGUGCAGGGAGAACGACUGCAGAACUAUCACAUGUCGAUCAGAGUCUUCUGACCAGCGACAUUUCGCGUUCCGAGCAGGAUCCAGCCAUUUUGCGACCCGGAAGGCUUGAUCGAUUACUCUACGUCGGUCCACCAGAUGAAGACACGCGUCUGCAGAUUAUGCGGAUACGCACGCGCUCAAUGCCACUCGGAGGCAAUGUGGACUUGCUAGCUAUUGCGCGAGCUGUGAGUGCGACACCGAGACUGUCGCUUAGAGUGCUGCACUGGACUGAGCUUUUCAUGAACACGUCUCUCACGCUUUUGUUGUUUGCAAUCACGCGCUCCAGACUUCUGGGCACUCGGGAGCGGAAAUGGUGGCUAUAUGCCAAGAUGCCGGUAUGGCAGCUCUAGACGAAGACAUGGACAUUGAGCACGUGCAUCAGAGACACUUCGAGAGCGCCAUUCGUAGCACCAAGAAGAGAAUCUCAUUAGAGAUGAUCAAGGGGUUGGAGAAGUGGCGGGACCAGGUAGGAGUCUGA